GGCGGGGAACGUCGGAGUCACUCCCAGCGCUGGUCCUGCCCCGUGUGCGCGGCGAGCAGCGGCUGCGGCCCCGGCCCGGGACACGCUGGUUCGGGGCACCCGGGGGGGCUGUUCCCUUUCAGCCCCGGGCGGCCGGGGUAACGCCCGGGGCGCACACGCUGACAGCCGGGCACGGGGCCGGGGCCGCCGCGGAGCCGCCCCCGGGAGAGCCGGCAAGUGCCCGCCGGGGCCCCGGGGCGAGGACCGGCCGCGGCCGGGGCGAGGAGCCGAGCAGGCAGCGGGACGCGGCGCCGUGGGGCGCCGAGGCGGGACGGGGACAUGCCCCCUCGCCCAGCCGGCCGGGAGAAGUGAGCCCCGGGUCGUGCCCAGCAUGGCAGCCCCCCUCCGGCGCCUCCUGCUCCUCGCCGGGGCCCUGGCGGGCUGCGCGGAGCCGCCGGACAGAGCCGCGGAGAAAGAGACGGUUCUCCGGCAAUAUUCUGGCUAUGACGUUGUUCAUCCAAUCCGAGUUGAUGAGAGCGGAUCUUUUCUGUCCUAUGAUCUGGCUCAUCGCGCAAUUCACAAAAGGGCCCUUUCCUCAAGGAACAAUUUGCUCUCCUUUUAUGAGCUGCAUUACAAAGGACAGCACCUAAAAUUCAAUUUAAGCGUUAAUAACAAUCUCCUUGCUCCUGGGUUUGUUAGUGAGAGACGAUAUGGAGGAAUCACCAAUGCCAAGAUCCAGUCUUACAAUCACAACUCUUGUCAUAUGAUUGGAGAGGUCCAGAACUGGGCGCUGAAAGGUGGUUUAGCCGCUCUUAGCACGUGUGAUGGGCUGAGAGGUGUAUUUCGGCUUGCAAAUGAAGACUAUUUCAUUGAACCUCAGGCUACAAAUAAGCACGAGGACGGGACAGCCCGUCCCCAUAGGAUCUAUAAACGUCAUGCUCCAAAAUAUGAGGAAGAAGAGUCGAUAGUGGAAUCCAGCAGAAAGCGAGACAGGAAACAGCCCGAUACCUUGGGAACAUGUGGAGUCCAAGAAUCUCCGCAAAGCCUGGAGACGUCUGAGAAACGGAGAGAGAGAUGGGAACAGAAGCAGCAGAGGAAGCGAAGAAUAAAGCAGCGCUCCAUCAGCAAGGAGAAGUGGGUGGAGACCUUGGUGGUAGCGGACACCAAGAUGGUGGAGUAUCACGGAAGUGAAAAUAUAGAAAAGUACGUGCUGACCGUAAUGAACAUGGUGGCAGGUAUAUUCCAUGAUGCCAGCAUUGGAAACCCUAUCAACAUUGCAAUAGUUCGUCUUAUCCUGUUAGAAGAUGAUGAGGAGGAUUUGAAAAUCACCCACCAUGCAGACAACACCUUGAAAAGUUUUUGCAAAUGGCAGAAAAGCAUCAAUGUGAAAGGAGAUGCCCACCCAUUGCAUCAUGAUGUAGCUGUCUUGCUCACCAGGAAAGACAUCUGUGCUGCAAUGAACAGGCCUUGUGAGACUCUGGGUCUCUCUCACGUGUCAGGAAUGUGUCAGCCUCACAGAAGCUGUAAUAUAAAUGAGGAUACAGGACUUCCCCUGGCUUUCACCGUGGCACAUGAACUCGGACACAGUUUUGGGAUUCAGCAUGAUGGAAGCGGCAAUGACUGUGAGCCAGUUGGGAAAAGACCUUUCAUCAUGUCUCCACAGCUCCUGUAUGACACCUCUCCACUCACCUGGUCCCGCUGCAGCAGGGAGUACGUCACACGAUUCCUCGAUCGAGGCUGGGGGUUGUGUCUGGAUGACCCACCUGCCAAAGAAGUGGUAGACUACCCCUUGGUUCCACCAGGAGUCCUCUAUGACGUCAGCCAUCAGUGCCGGCUGCAGUAUGGAGCAUAUUCCGUCUUCUGCGAUGACAUGGAUAACGUCUGCAAUACGCUCUGGUGCUCAGUGGGGAACACGUGCCACUCCAAGCUGGAUGCUGCCGUCGACGGCACAAAGUGUGGCGAGAACAAGUGGUGCUUCAAUGGAGAGUGUGUGCAGGUGGGCUACCAUCCGGACUCUAUUGAUGGAGGCUGGGGAACCUGGAGUUCUUGGUCUACUUGCUCUCGGACAUGUGGUGCUGGCGUGCAGAAUGCAGAAAGGCAAUGCAACAAUCCCACACCGAAGUAUGGCGGUAAAUACUGCCUGGGGGAACGGAAGCGAUUCCGGGUCUGUAACAUGAAGCCAUGCCCCACAGACAAACCGUCCUUCCGCCACAUCCAGUGCAGCCAGUUUGAUGCCAUGCUCUAUAAAGGGAAACUCUAUAAGUGGCUGCCGGUACCGAACAACAUCAAUCCGUGUGAGUUGCACUGCCGCCCAGAGGAUGAAUACUUUGCCGAAAAGCUCCGGGAUGCUGUCACUGAUGGGACUCCAUGUUACGAAGGGAACACAAGCCGGGAUAUCUGUAUCAAUGGGAUCUGUAAGAAUGUGGGCUGCGACUAUGAAAUUGACUCCAACGCAGUCGAGGAUCGGUGCGGGGUGUGCCAUGGGGAUGGAUCCACCUGCCAGACUGUGAAAAAGAUGUUCGAGGAGAGCGAGGGUCUGGGUUACGUUGACAUUGGGAUGAUCCCAGCUGGAGCCCGGGAGAUUAGAAUUGAGGAAGUGGCAGAAGCAGGAAAUUUCCUGGCCUUGAGGAGUGAAGAUCCAGAGAAAUACUUUCUGAAUGGCGGGUGGACCAUCCAAUGGAAUGGAGAUUACAAAGUGGCUGGGACAACCUUCACCUAUGAGAGGACUGGAAACUGGGAGAACCUCACAUCCCCUGGGCCCACGGGGGAGCCCGUCUGGAUCCAGCUGCUGUUCCAGGAGACGAACCCAGGGGUUCGAUACCAGUACACUAUCCAAAGGGAGUCUGACCAUGAGAAUGAGAUUCAGCCCGCAGAGUUCUUCUGGCGAUACGGCUCCUGGACUAAGUGCACGGCCACAUGUGGGACAGGUGUUCAGAGGCAGAUCGUGCACUGUGUUGAACAGCUGGCUGGGCUAGUGGAGGAGAGGUACUGUGACUCAUUGACCCGACCCGACGACAAGCAGCGGACGUGUAGCGAAGAGCCCUGCCCAGCCAGGUGGUGGGUUGGCGAGUGGCAGAAAUGCUCUGCCACUUGUGGUGAAGCUGGGCUCAUGAAGAGGACGGUCCUUUGCAUUCAGAGUGUGUGGCUGGAUGAACAGCGGGCUUUGCAGCACACACAAUGUCAGCAUCUCUCCAAGCCAGAUGCCACUGCGCCCUGUAAUAGGGAUAUCCUCUGCCCUGCUCAAUGGGCCAUAGGCAACUGGUCUGAGUGCUCAGUAACAUGUGGAAAUGGAACACAAAGACGCCUUGUUUAUUGCAGUAACAAUAGUAGGACAACUUGUGAUCCUACACAGAGACCACUGUCAGAAACUACUUGCUCCCGGAAGCAAUGCCAGAAGAAAAUAGAAAAUGCCAACACUGACUGGUCUGGCAGCGGAUCUUCAAGCAGAGAACUAUUUAAUGAAAUAAAUUACAUUCCCAGUCAUCACAUUUCCCACUUCAGCCCCUCAAUUCCAAAUAAUCCAAAAUCCAAAGACAAGAAUGUCAUAACUGAGGAAGAUUUUUCAAGCAGCAGUAACAAAAAGGGAAAUGUGUUUGUUGAUGAUUUUUACUAUGAUUAUAAUUUUAUCAAUUUCCAUGAAGAUCUGUCCUAUGAUCCCCUGGGUGAGAAAGACAUCAAGAGUGAGGGGUUUAAACCAGAUGCAGAGGGCGAGGCAGCUAAUAACCUGGAGGAUUCUAAUGAAACGUCUCCUAACAUUCCAUAUAAUGUAAAACCAGAAGGAGAACGCAAUGAAGGAAACUCAGCAAGAAGUGAGACAAAUACUUCCGCAGAUGUGCAUAAUGAAGAAAAGGAAAAAGCUGGGGUUGGAGACAAUAAAACACUCUUCAGCAUAACUGAAGAAUAUGAGGAUAUCAGGACAUCUACUGCCCACUACAUAACCCCCUCCUACAUUGGAGAGGAGGAGGAGGACAUGCAUAUGCCACUUUCUGAAGAUCAGCCAUCCACUGAGAAUGGAACAAGACUUUAUUCUAUAAACAGCCAGGAUAAUCUGCCCACUGAUAAAACCCAAGGAGUCCUGCUGACAAGGACCAUUUCUGAAGAGGAUGCGACAGUCACCAUCCCCUCUAUCAGUUAUCCUUAUCUGGCCAUCCCCACUCCACCACUGCCUGUUGACAAGGGCAGUGCUGGUGGAGAAGAGAUGUAUGACAUUUGGGGAAGUACAGGAGAGCCUGGAAGCAGAGAAGAGGACGGUAAAAGCACAGAGGUUCCUGUUAACGACAGCAAAGAUGAUGGCUUGGCUGAUAUUGCCCGGCCAAGCCAGGAAGAUACCAAUGAAAUGGAUUUGGUCAUCACUGAUGAUGGUGAAACUGACUCCAAAACCAAAGAUGAAAAAGCAAAGGCCGGUAUAACCGCAACAGCGGAGAGUGCAGAUGUGAACAGGCCCGCACAUAACCCGCCUCCCCAGCCAACGACAAAUGAGCCACUGCAUCCUGCAGCAAAGGACACCCCUUUCCUCUCCACUGAACACAGAUCUGAGCAGGAAACAGGAGGCACUAGUGAAGACACUGUCCCCACUAUGGGUUCGUAUAACUCAGAUAACAAAGAACCGGAUGACCAUACAUCCCAUGCAGAGGAUGUACAGAACCAGCUAGAUGAUUUCAGUGCUGUUUCACAGACACACAACCCGCAAGCAGCCACCAUGACAGCUCUUCCCCUGCUGUGGUCCAUGCCCCCCCACAUGCAUAAGCCAUCCACACAAGAAAGCAGGACACUUACAUCAAACAGUCUAGCCCACCAGGGUGCCCAGGCACCAGCCGUGCCAAUAUCCUCAGAUCCAAACCCCACAGCUGGUCCAGAAGGGACGCUUUUGGCUUUGCCAGCCGAGUUAACCACAGCAUGGUGGGCUGAGAGGGAAGCAAAUGAAAUAAAGACGACUCAUUAUACAAAGGAUGUGUUUUCUGAUGUGCCUGGGGUCACCCACGCAGGCCCAAAUGAAAGAGCGGGCCCGGAUGAGAGCUCACCAAGGGGCACCCAAAGGAUAUUUGCUAAUAGGGAUGGAGAACACGGAACAUCUCUCCCCACGCCCAGCCUUCCAGACCAGCAGCAGCAGGAGGCAGAAGCAAAGGAGGAUUCUUUCCUAUUGCUCCCUGCUACCAGAGCAGCCACAGUAAUGACCAGCUGGGAAGUUGGGAGCUGGAGUGAGUGUUCCACAACCUGUGGCUUAGGAGCUAGCUGGAGGACAGUGCAUUGUAGCACAGGUAAAGAUGAAGAUUGCGUUGCUGCAAAUAAACCUGUCCCUGCUCGAAGGUGUUACCUGAGACCAUGUUCCUCGUGGCGUAUUGGAAACUGGAGUAAGUGCUCCAAGAACUGCGGAGGGGGACUGAAGGUUCGGGACGUGCACUGUGUUGACACCCGAGAACAGAGGCUUCUGCGGCCCUUUCAUUGUCAAGCUGUUUUCUACAAGCCCCCAGUGCAGACUCCCUGCCAAACAAAGCCUUGUCUGGACUGGUAUACCUCAUCCUGGAGAGAGUGCUCUGAGUCAUGCGGCAGAGGUGAGCAGGAGCGCUUAGUUACGUGUCCAGAAUUCGGACGGUGUGAUGAAAUGUUAAGGCCAAAUAACACAAGACCCUGCAACACUCACCCAUGUACCAAAUGGGUAGUGGGAUCAUGGGGAGAGUGCACAGCUACCUGUGGUGGUGGCAUCCAGCAGCGACAGGUGAAGUGCAUGAACACAAACACUGGUGAAGCUGAAGAAGACAGUAGCCUAUGUGACCACGAACAGUGGCCAGAGAACACCCAGAAGUGCAAUCCCCAGGACUGUGACAAUAGCGAGUCAAGUGCAAUGUGGAGUAGAGCAGUGCUACUAGAGGAGUGUCACACUUUUAAGUGCUUAAUGAACAUUAUGGAGAGCUCAAGAACUGUCGUCUUUGCAGCAUCCCUACAGAGGACACUUCUUCUCCUUCUCUCUUCUGUUCAGUGUCACUUUCAAAGCGGAAGUUCUCCUUCAUCUGUGAGCGGGACCGCCUCACGUUCAGUUUUUGUCAAACCCUAAGGAUUCUGGGAAGAUGCCAUCUUCCAACUGUCAACGUGCAGUGCUGCCGAACCUGCCGCCAGCAUGGUCACAGUGCUCGGGAUCGUGGGAAUGAACGUGUCUCCAGGAGGUGAAACCAUUUAGGUAGAAGGACCCUUUAUGGGGAGGGGAAAAACAGAGCUGUAGAAGCUUCAAGAGAACAUACAUUAUGCAGUGAACAAAAGGAACUCCUUAAAACUAGGUUUUGCCACAUGGUCUGUUCAAAUAGCAAUGCAGAAUGUAGCUACAAGUUCCUCCACUGGGGAUUUUGUAUGGUGCUCUUUAAAAACACAGGGAAGAUUUUUUUUAAAAAAAACUACACUACAUGGUGCUCAAAUGAUCAGUCUGAGAAACAGAGCCUAGCUCUCACUAGACAGCACUCAAAGUCCUGCUAGUUACCAUGGAGAAAUGUACUGUUUCCUAGCAAGUAGCUGAAAACAGAUACAAUUUUCCAUAUCUCGUGUCAUGCCUAAUGUUAGACAAUACACAAGAGAACAUUUUAGGAAACAAACUUAAAACAGAAUAGCAAACAUUUUUGGGAGAUCUCUCUAAAAGACGCAUGGUGCUGUCAUUUGACAUUUUCAGCUUUUGGUUGGUGUUGGCAGGCCAGCACAAAACUCUGACCAAGUGACUUUUUAUUAUUAUUAAUUAUUAUUAUUAUUAUUAUUAUGUAUAAGUGAGCAUCUAUGAUUCCAAACAGUGUAGCUUUUGCCUUUUUCUUUUUUUUCUUGAGGGACUCAAAGCUGGCAACCUACUUUUGUAAUUUACUGAAGAAUGUUUACAAAUUGAAGUUAGCUCUACAUAAUUUAAGAAACUGAGACAGAUCAAAGUGAGCAAGGAAGCAAAAUACCUGCACUAGUCAUUAUCACCAAGAGUAUUAGGCUUGCAGAUCCUCCAGUAUGUCUGAAUAUUCCUCGCCCUUUUAAUGCUGCUGCUGCUGGUUUUCUGUGUAAAAGUGAGGGUACAUAUGAGCGUGUUUUGAUGGAGGGUAAAGGGGUGAGGACAUCAACACAUGAAUGAAGAGACAAAUUUAUGUUGGAGGAAAAAUUACAUUGUCCCCGGCAUAUAUUUGUAAAGAGUCCAGAAUACUAUCCUAGUCCAAGUCAUGAACAAUGUAUUAGAACUGCAUCUACUGCUAUUUUACCUUCUCCACAUUAUUCCUCUGGAAGGCACAAAUGACAAAUUGGAUGGUUAAUGGCAUAACUGGAUUUCUGCAUGUGAUUACAACACUUUGUAUAAGUUUGGUGGUUAAUUAAGGUUUUGUCUUUGUUUCUACAAAUUUAAAAAUCUUCUUUCUGCUUAUAUAGCUUUACUUUCGUUAAAGUUAGUUGAUUCUUUUAACUAGACUGUCCAAUAUUGUACAAGGAAAUGGUACAUAAUUAUCAAGGCAGGCAUUGUUCUUAUCUGUCCGGGGUCCAAUAGUGACUGUAUGUUAAUCCCUCAGUGUAUUAGGAAGGACGUAUUAUAUUGGUCCCUGGAAGAAGGUCCAAAACAUACAUUUGUAUGUUACUCUUCAAAAAAGACCAAAUAAUUGUAGACAGUGAAUAAAAUCCUACUUGCACUGAAAUAAAUGGGAUUUUGCCAUUGAUUUUAGUUGAAGUAGGAAUGAGCCCAGUGUCAGUUAAAUGACGUUUGUGCAAUACAAUUGUACCGUUCAGAAUAAGUGAACCUUUUCUAGUGCCACCCUGAUUUGUACUGUGUGAAGUCAUUUUCAGUACAAUUGCCAAGAUGACAAGGGGAAUUCCUGUGUAUAAUGUGUGUGUAAACUGCAGCCCAUCACUUUACCACCUGUAUUUUGUUUCUUUCCAAGCUGAUGUAAAUUUUUUAUAUUUAAAGAGAUUGUGUACGGUCUUGUUUUAUUUCCCAGCAAUCGUGCCGUCCUGUGCAACAUUUUGUUGUAUUCAUCAGGGCUCUAAGAUUUUACUGAGAAAUAGUUUCUAAGUUUGUUGUUUUUUUAAAUGGCUGUAGCUCACAAGUGUGUUAAAUUAAACUGUUACAAAAGGAAA